AGCCCGAGCGGGAGGAGCGCCGGGCGUGUAGCCCUCUCGGCGGCACACGCGAGCCUGGCCGACGGACCGACGGACCGAGUUCCAGGGUACCGCUCCCGAGUCGUCCCGGGCGCCGCUCCUCGGGGGGAGCGCCGUGGUGGGGCUCGCCAGGGCCCCAGAGCCCUAAGGCCGGGCAACCCUUCGGGAGGGACUCCGGCGGAGGGUCCUGGGGGCUUCUGGGGACUCCCGGAGGCGGGCGGGUGCGCGGUUUGUUCCUCCGCUCAGUAUUCAGGAGCUCGGGGUUCCUGUAGCGGCCGCCGGAAGGCGGGCCCCGCCGUCUUUCCUCAGGGUCCCGCCUGUUGGGAGGCCGAAGCGGAAACGCCCCCAACCCCUUGUUCUCUUCGGGGCCUUUAGUUGGGGCGGGAGUACUGGGGACAAAGCCAGCCAGCCGGCGGCGCUGGCCGAAGCGGGCUCCUAGAGAUUCCUGACUCAAAAGAUGCCGACUAGACUCUUCGGACGCCUCUAGAUUCCGCCCUGGAGUCUCGCGCUCUCAGCUCAGGAGGGGAAGGCGUUGUUUGGAGAAACGACACCAAGUCGCCCAAGUCCCCUGGAAUCCAGAAGUGUUGCUGCUUCCUUGGCCAGGGCACUUACUCCUCUAUCCUCUCUCCCUCUGCAAAACUGGCAGAUGAGGCCCCAGAGCACCCUGGUGAGGCCAGAGGGCUGGAUAUUUGUUCUGGUCUCUGGGGCCCUGCCUCUUUAGCAGACAGAUGUGGUUGGGGCUUGGCCCUAUCACUGACCAGCUGGGUGGCGCUCAGCAAGCCUCUUCCUCUCGGACCCUCAGUGUCUUACAUCGGAAAACACAGUCCUGGGGCCUCUGUCACAGGGUUGUGGUGCUGACUCGGAAAGAGUCCAGGAAUGGAUGGGGCAACUUCAGGAGGAGCCCCUCUGGGAGUGACAUAGCUUUUGUCAUCUUAUAAGACAAAGUGGUCCUGUCUGGAAGAUUCCAACUGCCUGAACGAGGGCUUCCACUCCAGCUGUGUAGAGACCUGGGAGUAGUAUGGGUGGACAGGACUCGGAUUUUGAGGAGCUGAAGGCAGAAUAAGCCCUGAGGACUGGUGGUUUUGAAGCCCUUGGGCCUCUAUCAGGACCAUCCCUGCCUCCCCCCGCCACCCAGUGGACUGGGCAUACAUGGGGUGCCGUUUAAGGACCUGUCUUUGCUCUGGGCCUCGAGAAGACCCUCAGUAGAGCAGCCUGAGAAGCCUGCAUUGUAGGUGUGGGGGAGAGACAUAGGGAAGUCUAGUGGGCUUUAUCACUCAGGGCCCACUUGGAUUUUCAGAUCUUCACAGAGACCCCCCCCCCAAGCUCCUCUUGAUGUGAUAAGGGCAAGGUCAUUUCCAAGAUGCCAUAGUGAGUGCCGGGAUGGACCAGCCUUGCACCCCUGGGUCCUAACUAUCCCCUUCUGGCUGGGUUUCCUUGGGGGAGAUUCUGGACAUUGAGACAUGCUGAUGCCUGUGGGCAAAACUUUGCCGGGGAGCCAGGCCCCAGGCCAGCCCCUCCCCCCCCCAGCCUCAUUGUGGUGACACUGGAAGGCUAGGGGGAGGGACAAAGUGAUUGAGGCAGUUAGGGUGACCUGAAUUCAAAUCUCAGUUCCAUGGCCUGUUGCUAGAUGGUUUGGAGCAAGUGACUUUACCUCCCUGCACUCCAGUUUCUUCCUCUGGAUGAUGGAGGAAUAAAUGUGAUCACCUCAUGGGAUUGGAGUGAGCUCUAAGGCACCUGCAGCAGCUGGGAGGAUGGCCCCCACAAGUCUCAUGGCUGCCAUUGAGAGGAGUUGGCCUGGAAGGUGGGGGCUGGACAGUGAGACCAGUGAAUUUGGGAGGCUGGUGCAGGUGGGGGGCAUAUCUCCUCACCUGGCCCCAUGUACCACCACAGCCCUAUGGAAGAAACUGGGGCCUUCUGGCCCCCAGAGCUAUGGUUUUCUCAGUCUAGAAGCUGGGUCAGGAGGCCAGGCCUGUGGGCUGCUUCCCCAUCCUGCUUUGUUCCUGGGAGGGUUGUCCAUCCCUCGGAAUAUCCUCAAGGGCAGAGGCGAAAGCCUGGAUUUGGCCAGAACUCAGCGCCAGGAAGGGGCUGCACAGCCAAGCAGACCCCUGCCCUCCUGGGGAACUACUGGGCUUUGUGCUGAGAGUCACAGAUGGCACCCAGGAACUCAGGACCGUGGGAAGGGACAUCUCAGAAGCAGCUUCAUAAGAGAGCUGAUGUCAGCUGUGUCUCAUGUGCACCCAGACCUCCUGCCUCCUGAGGUCUGCAGUCUCCUGAACCCAGCGGCCAUCUAUGCCAACAACGAGAUCAGCCUGCGUGAUGUCGAGGUCUACGGCUUCGACUAUGACUACACCCUGGCCCAGUAUGCGGACACGCUGCACCCAGAGAUCUUCACUGCCGCCCGUGACAUCCUGAUUGAGCACUACAAGUACCCGGAGGGGAUUCGAAAGUAUGACUACAACCCCAGCUUUGCCAUCCGUGGCCUCCACUAUGAUAUUCAGAAGAGUCUUCUGAUGAAGAUUGACGCCUUCCAUUAUGUGCAACUGGGGACAGCCUACAGGGGCCUUCAGCCUGUACCAGACGAAGAGGUGAUCGACCUAUAUGGGGGCACCCAGCACAUCCCACUGUACCAGAUGAGUGGCUUCUAUGGCAAGGGUCCUUCCAUCAAGCAGUUCAUGGACAUCUUCUCGCUGCCAGAGAUGGCACUGCUCUCCUGCGUGGUGGACCACUUCCUGGGCCAUGGCCUGGAGUUUGACCAAGCACACCUCUAUAAGGAUGUGACGGACGCCAUUCGAGAUGUGCACGUGAAGGGCCUUAUGUACCAGUGGAUCGAGCGGGACAUGGAGAAGUACAUCCUGCGAGGGGAUGAGACAUUCGCCGUCCUGAGCCGCCUGGUGGCGCACGGGAAACAGCUGUUCCUCAUCACCAACAGUCCUUUCAGCUUCGUGGACAAGGGGAUGCGGCACAUGGUGGGUGCCGACUGGCGCCAACUCUUCGACGUGGUCAUCGUCCAGGCAGACAAGCCCAGCUUCUUCACCGACCGGCGCAAGCCUUUCAGAAAACUUGAUGAGAAGGGCUCACUGCAUUGGGACCGUAUCACCCGCCUGGAAAAGGGCAAGAUCUAUCGUCAGGGAAACCUGUUUGACUUCCUGCGUCUGACGGAAUGGCGAGGCCCCCGUGUGCUCUACUUCGGAGACCACCUCUACAGUGACCUGGCGGAUCUCAUGCUGCGUCACGGCUGGCGCACAGGUGCCAUUAUCCCUGAGCUGGAGCGAGAGAUCCGCAUCAUCAACACGGAGCAGUACAUGCACUCGCUGACGUGGCAGCAGGCGCUCACGGGGCUACUGGAGCGUAUGCAGACCUACCAGGAUGCUGAGUCUCAGCAGGUGCUGGCCGCCUGGAUGAAGGAGCGGCAGGAGCUGAGGUGCAUCACCAAGGCCCUGUUCAAUGCGCAGUUCGGGAGCAUCUUUCGCACCUUCCACAACCCCACCUACUUCUCGCGGCGCCUGGUGCGCUUCUCCGACCUCUACAUGGCCUCCCUCAGCUGUCUGCUCAACUACCGCGUGGACUUCACCUUCUACCCGCGCCGCACGCCCCUGCAGCACGAGGCACCGCUCUGGAUGGAUCAGCUCUGCACCGGAUGCAUGAAGACACCCUUCCUUGGCGACAUGGCCCACAUCCGCUGAGGGUACCUUUAUUGUGUGGACCAGGCCCAGCCCCUGCUGUCCCCACCCACUCUGGGCAAUAAAAGCCGCCUCCCUCCUG